AUGGAAACCCUUUCUUCUCCUCUACAUUCUGGUUAUUCCGUUUUUGAUGCCAUUCGCAAGCAUCUUUUGGAUGACCGGGAUGACGCUUCCGAGAUGCUACCAGCUGUGACGAGUCCCAGCAGUGAUCAGUCCUGUUUUAGUAAAGAAAAUGGUCCGGAGUCUUUCAAGAAGAUAAUGGAACAGGAAUCUGGUGAAGGUGAAGACCAUACAAAAUCGGAAAAUGUUAAGAAAAAGAAGAAGAAGAAAACACCGGCUGCAAAUGGAGACGACGAUCCUGUGGAAUGGACACGUUACAGAGGUGUGAGGAGGCGGCCAUGGGGGAAGUUUACGGCGGAGAUCAGAAAUCCAGAGAGGAAAAAGGCGAGAUUAUGGUUGGGUACUUUUGACACGCCGGAGGAAGCUGCUGUGGCAUAUGACAAAGCAGCAUUUCAGUUCCGUGGUAGUCGAGCCAAAGUUAACUUCCCUCUCUUGCUUUGCCAGGAUGUAUGGAAGCCGGAAUCGUCUUCUUCCUCGUCCAGUGCAGAUGUCGGAAAAUGCAAGAACAAAGUUGUGGUGGAUCCACCCAUGGGCACCACCACCUCCGCCCUUGUACGUCAUGAUGACAUCUAUACGUCAAGCACGAUAGAACUCCCAGUUUCCACGAAUAUUGAUGUUGAAAAGGAGUCAAGGAGCGAUAAGGACCUGGUUACGAAGCCUUGUAAAAGCACAGUGCAUUCGCCAACCACCUCCGCCUCCGGAACUGAAGAGAUGUGUGACCUUGACUCAAUCUGGGAUUUCCAAACAUGUACAUUACCACCCUUUUCACCGAUGGUGUCGAUUGGCGAUUACACCUUGCACUCAAGCAAAUCAUCUUCCGGUCUGGAAGAGAUGACCGACCAGUAUCUGUCUUGCAAUGCGGAGACGGUGGCUAUGGCCACCACGAGCUCUGUAGCUGAGGAAGUGAGUUGUGACAAUGACUCGUUUUGGAAUAUCUUACUCCAAAACACCAUUGAUUCUCCGACCACCAUCUCCCCCUUCGGUGUGGAGGAGAUGGAGAUAUAUAGUAGUGAUAUUGGCAGCCCAAUAUGGAACCUACCAGUGCCAGCAGAGGAUUUUUCGUCCAACAUGAUAGAGUCCUAUACUAUGAACAUGGCCGAAGGAGCAGAUGAUGGAAGCAGUCAACAAGACCCAUUCUGGGAUUUCCAAAUGCAUACAAUAAUACAGGAUGAUUUAUUAUUUCUUGAUUGCCUAUAA